UCUUACUACACGCAAUGAAGUUUGCACUCUCACUCAUGCUUGCUGCUCUCUGCUCGGUCUACACUUUGAAUGAAAAUCAAGAAGGAGCAGAUGACGCAAUGGAACCACAUUCUAUCAAGAAGAGAACUUUGUCAUAUUACCUCGUUCAAAGUAAAGCACGUAAAGGUUCCGAAUCUUGGAGGAAUAAAGAGCGAGACAAUAAUUCGAAAGGAAACAAACCAAGACUGAGAAGAGUGGGUAACUUCAAUUCUGGGAAAGAUAGCAGUAGCACCGGACGAUUGAUUGAAUCACCGAAUGCCGCUAGUGAAGCGAAUGCGCUGGACAACGACAAGGGUGAAGUGCAGAAGACUGGAAGGAGAGCCCAUAACUACAUUGCGCAUAUCCACGUUAACAUGGAUGACCGCCAGACAAAAGAGCUGCUGUCUUCUUUGUUUCGACCGCUUUUCAAAGAAAAUAAGAAAAUCUUUGGUCGAAAAGAAGAAAUGGAACACAAGAUACCAUCAUUUAUUCGAUUCCCGUGCUCUACUGAUCAUAAGCGUUUCGUUAAAAGACGCGAAGCUGCAGACUGUGUUGGCGCUGUUGCCUUCACGGACAAAGUGUGCAACGAGUUUCUAGACUGUAUGCUUAGUAAAAGCAGUAGAAACACUGAUUGUCAAUCAAGAAUUUGCGAAAAUUUCAACGCGAUGGAAAAGAAGGCAUGCUACCAUUCUCUUUUUCCAUGCGAUUAA